UCACUACAGGUGGCACUCAUUUUGGGUAUAAAUACUUUUCCACACCAUCGUCGUGCAGUUAGUUAUAUUUGGCACAACAACGAAAGCAAAAAAAAAAAAUGUUGAAAUUCAUCAUUUUGCUCGCCCUCAUCUCGGCGGUGACAUGUGAGCAGCUCGUGCGCAUACCCAUCCAGCGACAUGAACAGGCACACAGGACUUUGGCGCAUGUACGUGCCGAAAUUGCAGGUCUACGCAAUAAAUAUAAUGUAAGCAAGCUCAGUAGUGCCGUCGAGGAGACACUUAUGAACUCUUUAAAUGUGGGUUACUAUGGCAACAUCAGCAUUGGCACGCCGCCACAAUACUUUUUGGUACUCUUCGACACCGGCUCUUCGGAUUUUUGGAUACCAUCUAGCAAAUGUGCGCGUACAGAUUAUGCCUGUCACAAUCACAAUCGUUACAACAGCAGCGAGUCGCGCACUUACGUGGCGAACGGCAAACCGGCUGGCAUGAUGUAUGGUAGUGGUGAGAUGAUUGGUUACUUCUCCACCGACACCGUGCGCAUUGGCGGAUUAACUAUUAGAAACCAGACAUUUGUCGAGGCUGUCAAAGAACCGGGCAGCACAUUUAAUCAUAAACACUUUGAUGGCAUACUUGGCAUGGGCUAUCAGGCGUUUGCCUCCAAUCAAGUGCCACCACCCUUCUACAAUAUGUGGUCACAACAUUUGGUUGCCAAAGAUGUCUUCUCUUUCUAUUUGGCGCGCAAUGGCACUUCAAAGCGGGGAGGUGAGCUCAUAUUGGGUGGUUCAGAUCCAAAGUAUUAUCGUGGUAACUUCACUUAUGUACCGGUGACACAUCAGGGUUAUUGGCAAUUCACCGUGGGCUCCAUCUCUGUCAAUGGUUCGGCUGUGAAGCGGAAUUUCCAAGCCAUUGCCGAUACGGGCACCAGCUUUAUUGCUAUUGGUGAUUAUGAUUCUUUUAUUGCUUUGAAUUUGAAAAUUGGCGCCAAACGUUAUGAUGAGGAUAACUUUUAUGUGGACUGUUCAAAGGUGUCGUCAUUGCCGAAUGUCGAUUUAGAGAUUGGUGGCACCAAAUUUACACUGCCGCCAACAACUUAUAUAAAUCAAUCGAAUGGUUUCUGCUUGUCAAGCUUUUUCUAUAUGGCGGAUUAUGUUUGGAUUUUGGGUGAUACUUUUAUUGGUAAUUUCUAUACCGAAUUCGAUUUGGGUAAUAAUCGUGUUGGUUUUGCGACAGCUGUUUAAGUUGGGCAACUUUAAAUGAGAUUGAAAGAAAAAAUUAUGACGUGUAUUUUGAUAAAUUUAUAUAAAAAAUUGACGAAAUUAAAAAAAAAAACUAGAUUCAGUUUAUUAAACAUCUGCCUAAAUGUAGGCAAUGUUUUCUGGAAUGUCCUAGUAUAUAGCAUUGAUACGAUAUGGAAUCACAUUGCCUACAUUUAAGCGUUCUUUUUAUGUUUUACUACAUUUAAUGGGACAUACAUACCCGUAAACAAUUAAAAAAUAAAUAUGUGAAACUUGUA